GAACACUCACCCAUCACAACGCGUCUUAUCGGGCGUCUCUCACUGGCUCGCCUCCUUCAUCACCGCGCUUUCCAUUCCACGACGACAAGAACGACAAGAACAUCCGCCUCGAGCUUGUAGGAAAGGGUGCCAAGCAGCGAAGCCCCGGCCACCCUGGCGCUGGAAAGAAGGAGGAGAAGAAAAAGAAAAAGAAACCGUGUCGAGCAGGCACCAGUGCAUUCUCGCCAUUUCGCUUUCGCUCUCGCUUGGCCAAGCCUGCUGCUCUCUUGUCGACUUCCCAGUAGAGCCAACCGCCGCUUCUGUUACCUAAACCUACGACGAAUCGGAGUUCCAUCGCUGGGCAUAAUGGCACGACUGUAACGUGAUCCACCCCAGCUGGCACACCCGCCCUCCCGCUGAUGGUCGCAAGCGCAGCACACGUUCGACAGCCCGAGCCCCGGCCCUAGCGCACAAAAGGCAGUCGCCCACUGGCCUAGGCAAUAAAUAGCCUCCCCACCCACCCCAGCCACGCCUCCAGCUGCGGAGAGAUACGAAG